AUGGAGCCGCUCAUGAAAUCCAUCCCCAGAGCAUUCAGAGAACCCCGUUUCUCCAGCUGUUCUGCACGAUGUUGCGCCAUCGCGCCCUCCCAUUCCACUAAGCGACGGUCUGUGGCCUCCAUCCGCUUAUGGCGGUUCUUGGACCGCACGAACCAAAAGCAUAUACAUGCGGCGGCCAAGCCUCCCGAGGCAGCGAUUCCAGGGACGUACCAAUGGUCUUUGACCCACCCCUGGGAAGCGCCGCCAUUAGUUAGAAAGGCUGAUCCGGCACCCCCAGCGGUCGAGUUUGCGGAAUCGGUCGAGUUUGAUGCCAGGGGAGUUGUUGAUGUGCUAGCAGCUUCCGGAGCAGAGCUCGAUGAAGUGAUUGGAGUGGGGGUCGUUGAUGUCGUUAAACUAGAGGUCAUUGAUGUCGUUGAUAUAGAGGUCGUUGAUGUCGUUGAAGUAGAGGUCGUUGUGGUGGAGGAUGUUGAGCUGGAGGUAGGGGACGCAAUUGGCGACACGGACACAGUGACCGACGUAAUCAUGGUCUGGACACUGGAAGAUGUGGAGCUGCUACUUGACGUGGAGGGAGGGGUGGUCGAGCUGGAGCUGGAGCCGCUCUCGGUCGUGCUGGUGCUCAAUGUGCUUGCUGUGGACGUUUUCGAUGUCGUAGUGGGCAUAAAAGUCGACGUACUGGUCGAGCUGGAGCUGGAGCUGCUCUCGAUUGUGCUGGUGCUCAAUGUGCUUGCUGUGGAGGUUGUCGAUGUCGUUGUGGGCGUAAAACUCGAUGUACUGGUUGAGCUGGAGCUGGAGCUGCUCUCGAUCGUGCUGGUGCUCAAUGUGCUUGCCGUGGACGUUGUCGAUGUUGUUGUGGGCGUAAAGGUCGACGUACUGGUAUUCGGCGCGCUGGUGGACGUUGUGGUUGACGUCGAAACCGAAGGAGUUAUAGAGCUCGUGGAUAGGGACGUAGUGAUCUCGAUAGUGGUGCUAGUGGUGCUCGAUGCCGUGGUGGUCGGAGUACUUGAAGAUGUUGAAGGAGAUAUGGUUGUUGCGAGGUACACUGUCGUGGUCUCGGUAGAAAUCUGA